GCGGCUCGCGGCCUCGCGCAGGCGCCCCCGCGGAACGGGCGCUGAGGUCAGGGAGCGGCCCCCGCCCCCCGUCCCCGCGGGCCCGGACCUGCGACUAGGCGAUGGUCCCAGAGACCCUCCACUGACCCAGAGUUGACCAAGAAUGAGCAAAGUACAAAACCUGCUGCUGGAAUCCCUCCUGGGCACGAAGCAUGUGGACCAUGCGGCCAUCAUCAAGUUCCAGGAGCAGACUGUGUUGGUGUCCUCCCCAGGGUUUAACAUCUCGCCCAAUGACAUCCGUGUGCUUGUGAACGUGUUCUCCAAGAACCCUUUCCAGGUGCGUAGGGAGGGCCUCUACUUCAAGGAGAAGGAUUACACGUGCGUCCGGGCAGAUGAGCGCUCCCUUUACGCCAAGAAGAACGACACGGGGCUGGUGGUGGUUCAGACCAACCUCUACCUGCUGGUGGCCACCUAUCGGGAGGACAUGUACGCCAGCGUGUGCGUGGAGGCUGUAGAGAAGCUGGGAGACUACUUAAGGAGAAAGGGAAAUUAACCCCCUGGGAAGAUUCUGGAAACCUCAUCUAAAGAAAAGACCGAUUUCCAAGCAGGGUUGAGGUCAUGGCUAAGAGACCUGGUGACAGUCCCAGUCCCGGUCAGAGGGAGGGGCAGGGUUAGCGGUAAUAGCCUAGGCAGUCCGGGGUUAAAGGUCAGGGGUGGGGUCAAAGCCAGAAUCAGGGGUGGUCGUGGGGUCCACAGGCCCAACAGUCCAAGGUAAAGAUCAGGGUUGGGGAUGCUAUUGGGAUGGACAGUGGGGAGUGCCCGGGCUCGGGGCCGGGACUGGGGUGGACAGCUGGGGGUUCGGGGCUGGGACUGGGGUCUUUCUUCCCGGGGUUGACUGCUUCCAGGGGUUUCUGGGCCCUGCCUCUGAGGCCCUUGGGGAAGGGGCUUUCCUGGCCCCUGUGCACUGCUGCUGUGGGGGGAGCCCGCCCCUACUUGGUCAGACACUGAAGGGCUCGUGGGUGGGCAGUCGAGGGUAGUUUAGCAAUGGCCGGGCCCAGAAAGCCCGGCCUGGACCGCCCACAUUCAGGGGGCAGAUCCGGUGCCCCCGGGGGUGCAAAUACAGCCCCCGGAUGCCCCUAGGCCCGGGUGCUGAGGAGUGAUCCCUGCCCACACCUGAGAAGAGGAGCUGCGGCUGUGGUCAAGCCUUCCCCCUGUCCCAGACCUACCCUGGCCCCGCCGCCGGCCACGGGCUCUCCCAAGCCAAUAAACGUCUGCACCGUCUUCUGUUUGCUCGCUGGGACAGGGGACCCGUGGAGGGGGGAGGGUGAGGGGCUGGAGAGGAGACCUGGGUGGGGAAGAUAUGGCCCCACAAGGAGCCUCGGGGCAGGCCCUCUCCCCUCUCUCCUUUCCCCUCUCCUCUCUCCCCACAACCCGUCUUGGGUGCCGCGGACCUGGCUGGUGCUCUCGUUACCUGCAAGCAGAAGUUGUCAUUGGCCCAGGGCCACGUCCAGCAGGUCUGGGGCCACACGAACUCGGCUCUUCCCGCCGGGACCCCUUGGCUAACCCUAACCCUAAAUGCCUCCCCAGUCACCCCGCACUUGCCCAGGGGCUUCGCCUGCCCUCCCUCCCACCCACCUCCCUCGCUGUCCCGGCAGCAGCCCCUGAUGUCAUGGAGCUCUGGCAGGAGGAAGGGCGGUGAAUGAGGGGAGGAGAAAGGCCACCCUGAGCCCGUCCUCCCAGCACUUGUCCCCUGGCAAGGCCCAGGGCUGCCCAACCCCCCAAGCCCCCCGACUCCCAUCUCCCU